UAAGUCAGCCCAACAAAUGAAAAAAAAAAAAUAAUGGCAGCAGUUUGUUCGUUUCACUGGCAGCCCAAAAAGAAAAGGAAAAAUGGAUCAACUGGGUUUUUUUUUGGGAGGAACCAGCAGCCGCACGGAGGAUUCGAUCUGUUCUAUUCUUUCUGGGAUCACACUUAGCCGCAGUUCAUCAAUUCAUUUUUUUUUUCCCCAACACAAGCAGCCAUAGGUAGGAGGUUUUUCUUUCGUUCUGGUCAAUUAGUCGAAGCAAGCAGAUCUUCAAUUCCUAGCACAGCAGCAACGCUUUUCUUUUCUCUCCUUUGAAGUAGCCGUAGCAGCAACCAAGAACCAAGGAGGUUCUUAAACUUCGAUUUCUUUCAAUUCAAUUUAGACUCCAAGUAAUGGUUGUAAAUUUCAGCACUAUCUACAUUCUUAUUCUUGAUUUUGGAUUGAAUUUGAACUUCUUAGUCUAUAGUUAAUAACUUCCGAUUUUCUCAUUUAAUUAAGUCAUUGCCUUUUUUACUUUAAUUAAAUAUUUAACCAGCUCCUUAUAAUGCUUUUCAAUAUUAUUGUGAUGUUAAUUUUAAGUAUGAGUAGCUAAUUCCAUAUAGGGUUUGAAUUGGGGCUAGGGUUCAUGGGUUCUUGAGGGUGUGAAUUUAGUUUUUGAAAUUCAAUUAAUUUUCUGGAUAGUUGUAUAAGGUUAAUCCUAAUUGCCUAUAUGAAUUUGAUCACCUCAUAUAUGAAUGUUUAGAUUUAAUUCAAUUCUUGUCUAUGAGAAAUUGAGUUAAAUUAGCUCAGGUCUUAUACAAGCAAUCUGACCUUAGAAAUAAGUUAGGAUUGUGAAAUAUUGAUCUGAUUCUUGUCUAUGAGAACUCAUUUCAUUUUCUUUCCAGAAAUAAUCGAAAAUUAAUUUACUUAAUUCUAAUCCCGAAAGAACACCCAGAACCCGAACCAUCCAAUUUGAACCCUGUUUUAAUAUCUAGAAUCAUUUUUUUUUUCUCUACUUAUUUUUUGCAGUCGCUAUUAGUUAGUUUUUUUUCUUAACACUCAAAAAAAAUAUUUAUUCGGAAAGAUUACCAUGACUUGUGCUGGCCUGUGAUCACGGACUGUAUUUAAAACUUCCUUUUUGCCACUCCUUGAGAGACGAUACUCGUGGUCUGGUUAUUCUUCGGAUUAGCCAACUACGUUUUACUCACUAAAAAAAUACACCGAUCAAAUGGCGCCGUUGCCGGGGAGUGGCACGGUUGUUUGUUAAGUACUUUCUGUGGAAUAGGUAAAAGCAAGUCGGUGAGACUUUCUAUUUUUUUUUUUUUUUUUUCCUGUUAUUUGUUUGUCGUUUUUGGUGUUCUUUGCACGUGAACUAAGCUGCAGGAACCGGUGUAUGCACACACGUGCUCGGGGAACUGAAGGCUUGAUCCCAUUGAAUCCAAACCCCGAGCGUAUUUUGAGAAGAAGAAAAGGAAGGUCAAGAAACAUGGCCGGAGAACAACAGCCCGCAAGGAGGACAAUGUAUGAACAAAUUACUCCGCAAUUUGCAGAGGUUGAUGGAAUAACCAUGCCGGGCAUUGAAGCUGCAAAUUACCAACUAUCUCCCGGAUUAAUCAAUCUAGCUCAGAGUAACCAGUUCGGAGGGAUGAGACAUGAAGAUGCCCAGACACAUAUGCGUUGGUUUAAUCGUCUCUGUCGGACCUCGCGAAUCAAUGGAGUUUCUGAAGCAGCUAACAAAUUACUUUUGUUCCCAUUCACUCUAAGGGACAAGGCGCAACACUGGCUCGAUAGCCACACUUUUGCCACCUGGGAUGAAUUAUACCAAGCUUUCAUGAAACAGUACUGCCCAGCAUCCGCAGGAAUCAAAGCCAAGGCAGCUCUCCAGAACUUUAGGCAAGGGAGGAACGAGACAUUGAGUGAGGCUUGGGAGCGGUACAAGGAGCUCCGAAUUAACUGUCCAUCCAACAUCAUGGAGAGCAUGGACACCAUAUUUCACUUCUACAAUGGGUUGUCCAUUGAGAGCAAAAAGGAGUUGGAUUACUCUUCUAAAACAGGUUCAAUCCUAAGGCUAACAUCAGGAGAAGGUGAAGAACUGAUAGAGACUAUUACCUCAAAUGAGAGGUACUGGUAUGAUGAGCGAAGUGAAAGAGCGCCACAGAAGGCAGGAUUAUAUGAGGUUGAUUCUAGUACAGCUGCUGCCGCAAAACUGGAUGCUCUUGUCCUAAAGUUUGAGAAACUCUAUGAAGCUCAGGCGCAGAACCAAUACCAAGGUGGCCAGGGGAUGAACCAGAGGAGUGUUCGACCAAUGCCAAACCAGAAUCCAGUGAGAGACAUGGUGCUUUCGUGUGAUCAUUGUUUCGGAGCCCACCUGACCAAUUCAUGUCCUCAAUUCUUUGAAGAGCCCAUUUCACCUCAAGAAGUAAAUCUUAUGGAGUAUGGUAAGAAAGGAGAGGGUCCACUAGCACCUCAAUACCAAGGAAACCGGGGUAACUUUGCUGGCUACAACAACCAGAGGAAUAAUUUUCAGAGUGGUGCAAACCAGUGGAGAGAUAAUAACCGCCAAGGUGGGUACCAACGAGGCCAAGGAAGUGGCAGCAACCAGCCUUAUGUGCCCCCACAUAUCAGACAACAAGAUAAUUCAGCUCAUUCCCAACUAGAUUUGGUGCUUGCAGAGCUGACACGGGCUAGAGAAGAAAAUGAAUUAAGAGAUAAAAGAGCAAGAGAGGAAAAGAUUUUGAUGGAGCAGCGGUUGAGGAACCUUGAGCUGCAACAUGAGCAGCGAAUACGGGAACUAGAGAACAGAUUCUUUGCAGGUCCUUCCGGGAGGCAGUCUGGAAGCCUUCCCAGCACUACAGAGCCAAACCCAAGAGAGCAUGUGAAUGCAAUAAAUCUGCGCAGUGGGAAGCAAGUUCGUGAACCAAUGGUGGAUGCCAAAGAGAGCCAAGCCCAGAGUGUUCCUAGCUGUCCAGGAAAGAGUGCAGAGCUAGAAAGCCCAGAACCUUUUCAAAGACAAUCUGAAGGUGAGCUAAAGUUCAAUUCUGACCCGCCAGGCCAGCGAGAGGGUAAAGCAAUCAUCGAGCAGAAUACACCCCAACAAGAGACCAAGAGGGCUAAUGCACCAGUUGUUCCAUUCCCUACUCGUGUCAAGAAGGGCGAGGACCGCAAGAGAGAAUACAAGUUUAUGGAGAUGAUUAGCAAACUACAUGUGGAGAUGCCACUCACAGAAGUACUUGCGGAGAUGCCUAAAUAUGCAAGGUUCUUGAAGGACUUAAUCACCAACAAAAAGAGGCUAGAGGAGUACUCUGUGGUUGACCUAAAUGCAGAGUGCUCAGCUGUGGUGACAAAGAUGAUGCCGGAAAAGCUCAAGGAUCCAGGUUCUUUCAUUAUACCUUGUUCUAUUCAUGAUUAUGUUUUUAAAAAUGCACUAGCUGAUCUAGGAGCCAGCAUCAACUUGAUGCCGGCUUCUCUUGUUGAUAAGUUGGGACUGGGUGGAAUGAAACCCACUAGGAUGUGUCUUCAAUUAGCCGAUCGCUCUAUUAAGUACCCAAGUGGUAUUAUUGAGGACGUCCUAGUCAGGGUUGGUGAGUUUAUUUUUCCUGUAGAUUUUGUCGUUAUGGAUAUAGAGGAGGAUCGUGGUACCCCUCUUAUUUUGGGGCGGCCCUUCUUGGCCACUGCCCGUGCUGUUAUUGAUGUGUCUGAUGGUUCAUUGACUCUGAGAAUUGGAGAGGACACUUGUACUUUUCGACUCUCAGAAGUUAUGAACCACCCCGAGGCACAAACUGAGAGCUGUAAUUUUCUUCAUAUGUAUGAGUGCAUUGAGGAUUAUUUAUUUGGGGGCCAGGGUGAGAGUGAUUAUUCUGAUGAUACUGCAUGUGGUGAGGUCUUAGAUGUGGGUAUGUGUGAUGAUGAAAUGUUAUCUCAUGAACUUAAAUGCUCUGUUGAUGAUUUGCUAGGAGAAGCCUCUCAAGAGGUUUCAGGUAGUACUGUUGUUGAUACACCCCCAUGUGAGCAGUUUUCUGAGCUUAAAAGGCUCCCAGAACACCUACAGUACGCUUCAUUGGAUGAUGAGGGCAAACACCCCAUUAUCAUUGCUUCUGAUUUAGAGAGAGAUGAAAAAGAUAAGGUUGUGUCCUUGCUUAGGCGGCGUGAAGGGGCCAUUGCCCGCACGCUGGGGGAUAUUAAGGGGAUCGAUCCUACCCUUUGCACACAUAGGAUUAGCAUUGAGGAAGGGUUCAGACCGACAGUGCAACCACUGCGCAGGUUGAACCCUAAUUUGAUGGAGGUUGUGAGAACCGAGAUUUUGAGGCUUUUAGAUGCAGACAUUAUAUACCCAAUUUCUGAUAGUAGUUGGGUGAGUCCUAUUCAUAUGGUUCCUAAGAAAGGGGGAAUGACUGCUGUUGAGAAUGACAAAGGGGAGUUAAUACCUACUCGCAUUGUGUCAGGGUGGCGGAUGGUGAUUGAUUACCGAAAACUAAAUGAUGCCACCCGGAAAGACCACUUCCCUUUGCCAUUUAUUGAUCAGUUAGUUGAGAAUUUAGCAGGGCACGGGUAUUAUUGUUUCUUAGAUGGGAUGAGUGGGUACUUCCAGAUUCAUGUAGACCCUAGAGAUCAGGAGAAGACCACCUUUACUUGUCCCUUUGGCACUUUUGCUUUCCGUAGGAUGCCCUUCGGUUUGUGUAAUGCUCCUGCUACAUUUAUGCGUUGUAUGCUAGCCAUUUUUGACAGGUUUAUUGGAGAUUUCAUGGAAGUAUUUAUGGAUGAUUUUUCUGUGUUCGGUGAUACUUUUGACUCUUGCUUAACUAACCUUGACAGGGUGCUUGCUAGAUGUGAGGAGACCCACUUGGCCUUAAGUUGGGAGAAAUGCCACUUUAUGGUCAGGGAGGGCAUUGUUUUAGGGCAUAAGGUUUCUGAAAAGGGAAUUGAGGUUGAUAAGGCGAAGGUUGAGGCUAUAGAGAAACUUCCGUAUCCAACCACAGUAAAAGCCAUCCGUAGCUUUCUUGGGCACGCUGGUUUUUACCGCCGGUUUAUACAGGAUUUCUCUAAGAUUGCCCGACCUUUGACUAAUCUUUUAGGGAAAGAUGUACCUUUUGAUUUUUCACCUGAUUGUGUUGUUGCUUUUGAUACUUUGAAAAGGAAAUUGACUGAGGCUCCCAUUCUUGCUACACCCGAUUGGUCUUUACCUUUCGAGAUAAUGUGUGAUGCUAGCGAUCAAGUGGUUGGGGCUAUCCUGGGUCAAACCAAGGAUAAGCACUUUCGCCCUAUCUACUAUGCCAGUAAGACUUUAGCGGGGCCUCAGCUCAAUUAUACUACUACUGAAAAAGAGUUUUUGGCUAUUGUGUUUGCUUUGGAGAAAUUUAGACCCUACAUCAUUCUUUCUAAGGUAAUUGUCUUCACUGACCAUGCGGCUUUGAGGUAUUUACUUCAGAAGAAUGAUGCAAGGCCUAGGCUUCUCCGCUGGAUUCUUUUGUUGCAGGAAUUCUAUGUGGAGAUCAAAGAUCGAAAGGGGACCGCUAACCAAGCAGCGGAUCAUUUAUCUAGACUAGAGACUGAAGUGGUGGAGACAUUCAAAAAGUUUGAGCUUGAAGAGACUUUUCCAGAUGAGAGGCUUCUCGCCAUUCAGCACGGUUCAAAGAUGCCUUGGUAUGCAGAUCUUGCUAACUUUCUUGUGGGCAAAGUUGAACCUGCCGGGAUGUCUCGCCACAUGAUUAAGAGAUUGAAGUCUGAAGCCAAGCAUUACUUCUGGGAUGAUCCAUACUUGUUCAAAAUUUGUGCUGACCAAGUUGUGAGAAGAUGUGUACCUGAACAAGAAGGAAAGGAGAUUCUAAUGCAUUGUCAUACUGGACCCACAUGAGGUCACUUCUCAGGAGAGAGGACUGCCAGGAAAGUUCUCGAUUGUGGAUUCUAUUGGCCCACCAUUUUUAAGGAUGCUCAUGCUUAUGUUUCAGCUUGUGAUCAGUGCCAGAGGACUGGGAACAUAUCCCGGAGGGAUGAGAUGCCACAACACUAUAUUUUGCCAUGUGAAGUGUUCGAUGUGUGGGGAAUUGAUUUCAUGGGCCCUUUCCCGAGUUCGAAAGGGAACAAGUUCAUAAUAGUUGCUGUUGAUUAUGUGUCCAAGUGGGUGGAGGCCCAAGCAUGUUCCACGAAUGACACAAAGGUGGUUGUCCGAUUCUUAAAGAAGUUAUUUGCACGAUUUGGUGUUCCCAGAAUCUUGAUCAGUGAUAGGGGCAGCCAUUUCAGAAGUGACCCUAUGGCCCGUAUCCUUCAGCGAUAUGGUGUUCAACACAGAAGCGGAGUGGCCUACCAUCCCCAGUCUCAAGGUCAGGUUGAAAAUUCAAAUAGAGAAAUCAAGGCAGUAUUGGAAAAGACAGUUGGUCGGUCAAGAAAGGACUGGGCAGAAAAGCUUGAUGAUGCUUUGUGGGCUAUUCGAACAGCAUAUAAAACUCCUGUUGGCGCCACACCAUUCAGGUUGGUUUAUGGAAAAUCAUGUCAUCUUCCAGUGGAGGUCGAGCAUAAGGCAUUUUGGGCUCUGAAGAAUGUUGUAUUUGACCUUGAAGGGGCUGGAAAGGAGAGAUUUUAUCAGCUGAAUGAGCUUGAAGAGUGGCGUGCUAUGGCCUUCCACAACAACCAUUUGUAUAAGGAGCGAGUGAAGCAAUAUCAUGAUAGGCACAUCAAGCAAUCCCGCGAGUUUAGAGUUGGAGAUCAGGUGCUGCUGUAUAAUUCUAGGUUGAAGUUGUUCCCUGGGAAACUGCGUUCCAGAUGGUCAGGGCCAUUUACUGUGACUGAGGUCUAUCCGUAUGGCACCAUUGAGUUGCAUGAUCCUGAAAAGGGAAACUUUAAGGUUAAUGGUCAUCAAGUGAAGCUCUAUUAUGGUGAGAAAGUGAGCACUGAAAGGGAGGUUCUUUAUCUUAAGGAGAUUAGCGGCUGAGCAUGAUCUAUCGUCAAGCUAAUGACGUUAAAGAAGCGCUUCUGGGAGGCAACCCACCAAAAAAAAAGGAAAAAAAAAAGAAAAAAAAAGAAAAAAGAAUUAGGAGUUUGUUAUUUCUUGUUUCUGCAUUUUUUUUCCCAUUGUUUUUGUGAUUUCUUCUUGUGGUUGUGCGGUUGGAGUUCUUUGUUUUGAAUUGCAGGUGCGGCAUGGGAGUCAUGAACUGAUUUUGGAAGAAUUAUGGUCCUAUGUAGAUGGAGUUCCUCAGAGCUACAAGUUGCAGUUUGCUUCACAGAGUGGGAUGCUCAAGAUGUGGGGCCGUUGGCAGCUUCUAUAUGGCGCCACAUGCUGAUUUUUGAGGAAUAGAUAAGCUGGCCGUUGACAAUAGACCAUUUUGAUGGACAAGACUCUGCUGGCAGAUUCAGGUUGGCACUUUGAUUUUAUGACCCGGCGUAUGAGCAGACAGAGGAGUUUCAGCAACUUCUUUCCCAACUAAUUUGGGCUAAAAGCCUUCUGGGAAUGCCAUUCUACACAUGAUACAAAGUUUGAUGCUCAUAGAAGUUCUAACAGACUGUGAACCAGGCUGCCUUAAUGUGUUUCUUCAUUGGAAAAAACCUUCACAGUAGCAGUCAAAUCACGAGCAAGGUGCCAGAGUGUUUCAUUUUCUUCUUGUGCCGCAUUUUGAGCACGUUUCAGUGGACAAAGCAGUGCUCGUAGGCUUGUUUUUACUUCACCAGUGCACCAGACAGCCAUUCACACUUACUCAAGAUUGAAAGAGUUCAAGUAGCGUACAAGGCAGACUGUGUGAAAGAUUCAGCGGUAUAUAUGCAUCGAGGGGGCUGAGUUUUGAGUUAUUAAGGAGGCUAUUCACUGCUGUUUGGUUUGUACGGUAUUCUGCUAACUCUUACUACGUUGUUAAUAAUGUGUGGUUACUCUCAUAUUACUCCUUUGUUGAAUUGUGUUGAUUAUCAUUCUGAUUAUGAUGUGCUGCCGGGCUGAAAAUCAUUUUAUUCUUUAACUUGCCCCUGUUAUUUUUGUUUUAAUCUUUUCUUUGACCUCGAGGGCGAUGUCACCCCUAAGUGUGGGGAGGUUUGGUUUUAGCUUGGUCAUGACAUUUGGUGAUGAAAUUAUUCCGCCCAAGAACAUUUUGAGGUGUACAAAUUCUUUUUUCUGGUUUAGCAACGCAACAGAGGUAACUUGUUAAUCUUUAUUUUCUUUUGUAAUCUUCCAUCUCCUCCAUCUUUCUUGGAAAGAAUUAGUAAUGGUGUAAUCAUCGGGGUGGUGUGUAUAUUCUUGGGAAUGUUGGCAUGUUGGAUGGUUUGAUUUGUGUAGAUUAAAUUCGGUUUUACUCGUGAUUCACUAGUUCGUCAUUAAUAAUUCCUUGACUGGCCAAGUGUUGAAAAUCCUUACUCCGUAAGGAGCUCUGCUUUCUAAGCAUAUCGGGAUAACUUCAUGCUAAGCGGGUAACUGAUUCUUGUAAUGGGGUUACACUUCAUGUGUCGAGAAUUUCAUCCCUGAAAUGGGGCUCUGCUCAUCUCGCGAAUCACCCUGUGUGAGAGUUGAGUACACAGUAAUGAGAUAAACUCCCAGGCCCUAGAGCUUGAAUCAGUCCUGCAAACCAGAACCUGGUCAACUUUUCAUAUUAAAAAAAAAAAGAAUCACGAGUAUACCAGUUUUAUCACACAACUCUUGGGUUUUUGGAAUGAUUGGUGGUUUGGAUUUCACACACCUACACCGUUGGGACCAUCAUGCUUUUCUCUACAUUUUAGUCGGUUGGAGAGGAAUUUUACUUUUGAAAAUAUUGUUUAGCAUGUGAAUCUUGGUUUCGUUGUUAAGAAAGAAAAGACCUUGUGCAGUCAUUUGUUUUGGGUGUGAAUGGUUUUUGAACCAGGUGUUGCAUGUGAUUAUUUAUGUUUCCGUGGGUUUAAUGCACUAUUGCUUGGGGGCAAGCAACGCUCAAGUGUGGGGAGAUUUGAUAGGCUCGUUCCGUUCCUAUCUUUUCACCCAUAUUUUGGGUGCUCAUUGUCUAAUUUUUGUAAUUAACCAGGUGACUAUUGGGGGUUUUGAGUAAAAAUUUGCUAAUUUUCGGUCCCGAUGGCAGUCAUAUUGGAAAUAGUAUUUUUUCUACACAAUUUGACAUUUUUGGAGUAAUUUGAUUGUAAAGUUACAUAUUAUUAGCGGGUGUGGUGAGUUGUUAUUGUACAGGCUGAGUUCGCGGUGAAUAUGUUUGGACCGGAUCAUUAAAGGACGGUUUUUGAAGUUAUUGUGUGCAAUCCAAAAAGAUUAAGUCAGCCCAACAAAUGAAAAAAAAAAAAUAAUGGCAGCAGUUUGUUCGUUUCACUGGCAGCCCAAAAAGAAAAGGAAAAAUGGAUCAACUGGGUUUUUUUUUGGGAGGAACCAGCAGCCGCACGGAGGAUUCGAUCUGUUCUAUUCUUUCUGGGAUCACACUUAGCCGCAGUUCAUCAAUUCAUUUUUUUUUUCCCCAACACAAGCAGCCAUAGGUAGGAGGUUUUUCUUUCGUUCUGGUCAAUUAGUCGAAGCAAGCAGAUCUUCAAUUCCUAGCACAGCAGCAACGCUUUUCUUUUCUCUCCUUUGAAGUAGCCGUAGCAGCAACCAAGAACCAAGGAGGUUCUUAAACUUCGAUUUCUUUCAAUUCAAUUUAGACUCCAAGUAAUGGUUGUAAAUUUCAGCACUAUCUACAUUCUUAUUCUUGAUUUUGGAUUGAAUUUGAACUUCUUAGUCUAUAGUUAAUAACUUCCGAUUUUCUCAUUUAAUUAAGUCAUUGCCU